UUACUAAGAAAUGAGAAGCGCACUGUGAGAUUGCUGAAAAUGAACAUGAAACCAGCAGCUAUGUGCCGAGUCCAGAGUGUUCCUUCACUUCAUUUAAACAAAAAGCACACAUUCCUACCCUGCAAGUUACUUCUAUAGAUACUUCUGAAACAUCUCAGUGAUUGGUGGCUGUGAUGCUGUUAGUGAGUAGAAAAUGAACAUUCGGUGGAUCAGGAUAUAUCAUCUUGUAUAUAUUUUUGGGGAAUCAUUAUCACUUUACAUGGACAUACCAGAAUGUCAGGUAAAUAACGGAUAUGGCAUCUUUCGUGGAUGUAACCUCACUGGAAUUCCUCUUGUACAAACCGAAAUUGGAAUCCUUGAUUUAGGUUUCAACUACAUUUUGGAAAUAAAUGCGUCAUCUUUUCCUUUUCUGGAAAAAUUAUUUAAACUUCAAAUUGACAGUCAAAAAACUGAGAAACUAACAAUCCGAAACCACAGCUUUCGAAACUUGCCGGGACUAAUUGAAUUGGAUCUCUCAUAUAACCGAAUGCUCAUACUGGAUUCAGAAGCCUUUGCAGGUUUGUCAUACUUGCAAAAUCUCAUACUGUACUACAACAAUUUGACAGGAUCAAUUUUGGAAAAUGAUUAUUUUAAAGAUUUGAAAUCUUUGGAGUACCUAGAUCUUUCUAGUAACAAAAUAUCGUAUCUGAAACCCAAUCCAUUAUUUUAUUAUCUUUACAACUUUCAUCUACUGACGUUAAAAUACAAUCACAUCUCACGUAUUUGUGGAGGUGACCUUCAUAGCUUUGAAAGAAAAAUGUUUACUGUCAUGGAUUUAUCAAAUAAUAGGUUAUACGAAUCAGGUCCCGAUGUCUGGAAGAGUUGCGGAAAACCUUUCAGGAAUAUUCAGUUUGAUACCCUAUUGCUCGGUAGCAAUGGAUUGAAUGUGGACUCGUUACAAAGUAUUACCAAUGCUUUGAAUGGAACCAAAAUAAUGCAUUUAAAGUUGGCACCUCACAUUAUGGGAGCCAGUUUUGGUUUUCAUAACCUUAAAGAUCCAGAUAAUACCACAUUUACAGCCUUAGUGAACAGCGAUCUGCAAAUUCUUGAUAUAUCUGAUGGAAGCAUUUUUUCUCUAAACCCGUAUACAUUUGCAAAUCUUUCUCAACUUUUACUGCUGAAUCUUGCUGAAAAUAAAAUAAACCGCAUAAAUAAGUAUGCAUUUCAUGGACUUAACAGCCUCCUUCAUCUUAACCUCUCCAACAAUUUACUUGGAGAACUCUAUGAGUACACAUUUGAUGGACUUCCAAAUGUAAUACACAUUUAUUUGCAACAAAAUCACAUUGGAGCAAUUCGUGAUGACACUUUCAAGCAACUUACAAAAUUGGAACUUUUGGAUCUCCAAGAUAAUGCAAUUAAACAGAUUAGGUUCUUUGAACAAAUAAAUUAUGUACAAGUAAUGUACAUUGGCAGAAAUAGGUUGAAAGCAGUUGGCCAGACAUAUGUGAAUACAACCUUCUUUGAUGCUACACAAAAUAAUCUGGAGAAUUUGGGAGAACUGUAUUGGCUUUCAAAUAUUCCACAAAUUAAAGGUAUAAUCUUAAAGCAGAAUAGGUUGUCUUAUUGCUACCCUUUUUUUAAUAUUUCCAAAACAAAUUCCUUGAUCUAUCUGGACCUAUCUGAAAACAUGAUACAGUUAAUAUGGGAAAAGGGUCAAUGUUUAGAUGUUUUCCAUCACCUUUCUAGGUUGAAAGUACUAAUUCUUUAUGGGAACCACUUUGCUUUUAUUCCAGAUGGCAUAUUUAAUGGAUUAUCAUCUUUAAAAAACCUUAAUUUGUCUCAUAACUCUCUCACUUAUAUUUCGAAUGGAAUAUUGCCUUUAAAUCUGGAAAAACUGGAUUUGUCCAAUAACCAGUUGCUUUCACCGAGUCCAGAAUUAUUUACCUCCAUCCAGUCACUUGACAUAACAAAAAAUAAUUUUAUAUGUGAUUGCACACUAGUGAGCUUCAUAAUGUGGCUAAAUGAGACAAACACAACCCUUUUAGGCUCUCCGAAUGACAUUUAUUGUAUGUUUCCUACAAACUUCCUAUAUCAACCACUUCAUAAAUUGAAUGUUGACGGCUGUGAUGAAGAUCUUGUGUUGCUGCCACUGAGAUUUUCUCUCUUUGUCUUUACAACUUUGAUUAUUGCUAUUUCUGUGACAUCAACAAUAGUCUAUAAUCAUUUCAGAGGAACUUGUUUUGGCCUGUUCAAGAGAAUCACAACAUCGGUGUUGGGUGGACCAAAGUCUGAAGGCUCAUUAGGAAUGCACCAGUAUGAUGCUUACUUGUGUUACAGUAAAAAGGAUUUCCAGUGGGUGCAAAACUCUUUCCUUGAAAACCUUGACUCCCAUUAUUGUGAAAGGAACCGCUUCCAUUUGUGCUUUGAAGAAAGAGAUUUUGUUCCGGGUGAAGAUCAUAUUAUGAAUAUCCGUCAAGCCAUCUGGAACAGUAGAAAAACCAUCUGUAUUGUGUCAAAGCACUUCCUUAAGGAUGGCUGGUGCAUCGAAGCUUUUAACUGUGCUCAAAGCAGAUACUUUACAGAACUAAAAGAUGUGCUUAUCAUGGUCGUUGUGGGGACGUUAUCUUCAUUCCAACUAAAGAGACAUGAACCUAUUCGAGCUUUUGUGCAGAGGAGUCAGUAUAUGAAAUGGCCAGAAGACUCCCAAGAUGUAGACUGGUUUCUUAGUAGACUUUCCUAUAAAAUCCUAAAAGAGCAAAAUGUAAAGAAACACUCAAAAGUAACAAAAAUAUCGUCUGCUCUGGAAUUGCGAGCUGUUGCAACAGUUUCAUAAGCCCCGUAGUAUGGUUCUAUAAUCCAUGCAGUUUUUACUAAGUUUCUGGUUUGCCAAAAUGUGAACAUACAAAUUUAGUAGGAUAUAGAAGAAAUGUUUAAAUGCAGCUUUAAUGUUGCUUUUCUUUUUAAAUUCAAAAAGAAGUACCAAAGAAGUAUGAUUGUUUCUCUCGUGUAUUAGUGAGCUUAAAGGUAGCGCUGCUUCAAUAUAUUGGUAACUAAAACAGGAGAAUUUUCUGCUAAAUUUGGAAUCGUAGAAAAGUCAUUUGAUAACUGGAGGAAAAAUGGCUAAUCUGUACAAACCUUUGAUUAUUAUUAUUAUUAUUUUUUUAAAUCUCAGCUAUCCUCUUGCUUUAGUAAGAGCACACUAUAUGAUUUUCAUUCAAGCAUCUAGUUACUGUCAGUGUUCUGUUAUGUUCUUUAUGUAUUUUUAACAAGCUGUGUAUAUGUUGAUGACAUUUGUUAUGAAGCUUAUUGCUAUUUUUAAAUCAAUACCUCAGUUGUUGCCAUUUUUUUUAUUUUAUCAUUAUUAAUUUCAAAGUACUUAUAAAUCCUGAAAGUUAAAGGAUAACUCUGUGUCUAAAAAUGCACAUAGUUUUUUAUGCAUAAUUAAAGGGAUACUAUAGUCACAG